AUGUCAUUCUGGGAUAAACUGACGGGCAACAAACCACGGCAAUCGUCCGGCGAUACAUUACCUCCUCCAUCUCCCUCCUCAUCACAAACAAGCACAGGAUUUGCAGAGCCCCUACCAUAUAACGCGCCCAUCACAGCACCUGAUGUAUCAUCAUUUCUAGGUGGCGCAUCGAUACCAGAUGCCUCAAAGCUACACCCUCUGGCAGGGUUGAAUCAGCAGACUCUCGAUUACCUUUCGUUAGACGAAUCAGCCCUAUCAGAUCUCCCGGGAGCAAAAUCGUUCCUACCAUCAAGAGGUUGGUCGGACGAUCUAUGCUAUGGCACAGGAACGACAUAUUUGGCAGCACUUACAGCAGGAGGUGCGUGGGGAUUAAUAGAAGGUUUAAACAAAGUGCCUCCAUCGGCGCCACCUAAACUACGUCUCAACGGCGUUUUGAACAGCAUCACAAGGAGAGGCCCUUUCCUUGGUAAUUCUGCUGGUGUCAUUGCCAUGGUCUACAAUGGCGCAAAUUCGACAUUAGGAUAUUAUAGGGGGAAACACGAUACCGCAAACAGCAUUGUGGCAGGCGCCCUAAGUGGCAUGGUAUUCAAGAGCACGAGAGGAGUCCGACCUAUGGUGAUCUCUGGUAGCAUAGUCGCUUCCUUAGCUGGUGCAUGGGCGAUAACGCGAAAAGUCGUUCUCGAAUAG